UCGCCUCAGAGCGCAGGCAGUUUGGGUCCCCGCAGCAUUCACCGGAGUCGGAGAGAGCCAGAACGGAGACUGUCACCGCCGUCCACUCCUCACACACAACCGAAACGGAAAUCUUUUGCCUUUUUUUAAACAAAAGCCGCAAACAGAUCAACGAAAUCAGCUACUUUUGGAAAUCCUGAGAGACGGAAAGCCAUUUUAUUUGUAUUUUCUUUUUCUUUUUUGGCGACAUCACUGAGGAGUCCUGCCAAAAACCUGUACACAGAUCUGAGGUAAAUGAGUAAAUCUGUAGAUAACAGUUAUGGGGAAAAGCAGACAGUGCUUUUGAACAUCGCGCCACAGGUCCGCAGAGGAAGAGGCAUCAGCUGCAUGGCUUGUCGGUAAAAAAAAAAAAAACCGAAGAGAGAGAGAGAGAGAGACCGUCAUACCUGCACGUGCUUUAAUAAAUAGAUGUGGUUUUGAGUUGGACCAUCGUCUUCAGCUUGCACUUUACUCGACUUCCUGCGAAGCAAGCGGGCUCCCAACUCCCGACCGAGGAGGCGGAGCCUUAACUUAUUAAAAGGAACUUUCAGAGGUUUGGACGCCAGCAAAUAUGAUGAUGAUGUCUCUGAACAGCAAGCAGGCUUUCAGCAUGGCCCACACCAGCCUGCCCGAGCCCAAGUACUCCUCACUGCAUUCCUCCUCGUCCUCCACUCUGACUUCCAAUGCGCCCUCGUCGUCCUGCUCGUCUUCCCGACACAGUAGCACCAUCAUCAGCAGCAGCGGCGGCGGCAGCAGCAGCUCGGAGGCGAUGCGCAGAGCCUGUCUCCCAACCCCACCGAGCAAUAUAUUCGGAGGCUUGGAUGAGAGUUUGCUGGCCCGGGCUGAAGCUCUCGCGGCGGUGGAUAUAGUCUCGCAGACCAAGAGCCACCACCACCCUCCACAUCACAGCCCCUUCAAGCCAGACGCCACCUACCACAACAUGAACACUCUCCCCUGCACGUCGUCUUCGUCCUCCUCCUCCUCGGUGCCUAUUUCUCACCCGUCCGCUCUGGCUGGCCACCACCAUCACCACCAUCACCACCACCAUCACCAGCCCCACCAGGCGCUGGAGGGGGACCUACUGGAUCACAUCACCCCGGGACUGGCACUGGGAGCCAUGGCGGGGCCGGAUGGCUCGGUCGUAUCCACGCCUGCGCACCCUGCCCACAUGGCGGGCAUGAACCACAUGCACCAGGCGGCCAUCAACAUGGUCCAUGCCCACGGGCUUCCACCACACAUGGGCAUGAACGACGUGGACGCCGAUCCCAGGGACUUGGAAGCCUUCGCGGAGAGGUUUAAGCAGAGACGGAUCAAACUCGGGGUUACCCAGGCGGACGUAGGGUCAGCGUUGGCCAGUCUGAAGAUUCCUGGGGUGGGCUCUCUCAGCCAGAGCACCAUUUGCCGAUUCGAGUCCCUCACGCUGUCCCACAACAACAUGAUCGCUUUGAAGCCCAUCCUGCAAGCGUGGUUAGAAGAAGCUGAGAAAUCACACAGGGAGAAACUGAAUAAACCCGAGCUGUUCAACGGCGCAGAGAAAAAGCGGAAGCGCACGUCGAUAGCGGCGCCGGAGAAGAGAUCGCUGGAGGCCUACUUCGCCAUCCAGCCUCGUCCCUCCUCGGAGAAAAUCGCAGCGAUCGCAGAAAAGCUGGACCUGAAAAAGAACGUGGUGCGUGUCUGGUUUUGCAACCAGCGACAGAAACAGAAACGAAUGAAGUACUCCGCGUGCGUCUAGAAGCCGCCAACGAAAAAGACUUGGAACUGUUUAUUUGUAUCAUAUUUCCUAUCUCUCACACGCCUCCCCUUUUUUCAAUCAUCAAUGACUUUGUGCUUUGAACUUUGAGGAAAAAAAGAAUCAAAAAGUCAUAAAAAACGAACAAUAACUGAAAAAAUGUCGAAAACACCCAGUCACGUCUCUUUUACGCGCUGAGGAGGAAGACAUGGAGGCAUCGUUUUUGGCGGAGCAAGUAAGAUCACACUUUCCACCUUAUUAAGGCAGUAAGGACUCUUUAAACUUUGUUUUUUAAUGUAUUAUUUAUUAUAGUUUGCGAUGAAAUAUCAUUUUUAAUUUACAAACUCCUACUUAAUUCAAAACACUUACAUGUUAUUUGUUUUUGGGAGGGGGGCAGCUUAUAGGAUGAGCUACAGUUUCCCUCCGAGUUCAUGACAAUGCAGUCUGACAUUUAUUCAGGUCCGUGGGGGGAUUAGCAGGAAAGCACACAAGUUGAGAGCUAAUAUUAGAUUACUGCCAAAUAAACCUUCCUGUAAAUGAAUCAUUUACUUGUCACACACUUCGUUUCGUGUCUAAAUGUGGAAUUGAUUAUUUCAGGGAUCUGUUUUUAAGAUUCCUGCGUUUUAACAUAAAAUCCAGGGGGUUGUUUUUUAAGGGCCUCAUGAGGCGGAAUGAUCGAAAUUGGGACUCGCUUGCUUGUAACUUUAAUAUUUAUUUAUUUUAAAUAUUCUUUACAAUGAGGAAAAAAUAUGAUUUUCCAUGCAGCUUAAGUUACAAUCCAACGUAGGCCAGUCUUAUGAACUAUUUAUUGGGUGAGGUCAUGUUUACUUCAUUAUAUAUUUAUUGGGAUCCCCCCCCCCCCACCCACCUACACACACACACACACACACACACACACACACACACACACACACACACACACACACACACACACACACACACACACCUUGUUCUGCUUGAGGAAAUCUAAUCCUGACAGCAAGUUAUGAGUGUUGAUCCGGUUUAAAAAGUGUGUGUGCGUGUGUGUGUGUGUGUGUGUGGGGGGGGGGGGGGGUCUCCAGUUUUGAUGUCUGAGAUGGUACAAUCGAGAUAUUUAUGAGAUAGAAUCUCUUUUUAAAAAUUACUUUAUGUAUGCUUGUUUGCUGCUGUUUAUUUGUAUAAAUAUACACGCAUCAUGACGAGAUUGUUGCUUGUUGAACCACCUUGUUUAAUUCAACUGUUUCUGUUUUUUUUUUCUUGAUGACAAAAAGAACCAUGGAAGUGUAAAAUGUAAAUAUUUCAUUGGAAUCAGUCGAUGCACAUAAAUAUAUCGCUGUAUUGCUGUUUAGCUGAGGUAUAAACUUAUUUCUGUAUUGUUUGUUGCUUUAUUUUCUUAACAAUUUCAUUUCCAUCCAUGUAAAUUUAAAUUAUUUCCUUAUUGAACUGAUAUGUGUUUCAUUAAAGAACGAACUUUAACAUUUAA